UAUACUUUAGGCUUCAUUGGGAAGAGAACUCGUUAUUGUGACGUACAUGUAUUCUCUAUUAAUGAGUGCAGAUAUUGAGUUGGCCUGCAGAUGUCAUGUUUAUUCAGCAUCGUAGAUAUACAUAAUAUAUUUUAAGUUUACAGCAAACUUUUCAUGAAAGUGGAUCUUGUUGAAAUCAUUUAAACGGGAUUCUGUGCAGGCUUAAUUGCUUUCUCUAAUUUGUACUCGAUUCGCACAUCACAUCCAUGGCCGAGAAGCAGGAGGGAGAGGACGUUCCGGUCUCUUCACAAGGCUUGACAUGUCCACUGUGUCUUGAUAUCUUCGACGAUGCAACCCUCUUGACCUGCGGACAUACCUUCUGUCGAACCUGUCUCAGGAAAUACGACCUAUCCCACCAGGAUCUUGAUCACAUGGUCUGCCCUCUCUGCAGGACAGUGACAAAGUUGUCCGCAAACCGGGUCGACGAUCUCCUCACCAAUGUGACGGUCAACGGACUCGUAGACGACUACCAUGAUGCCAGUUCUGGAGGGGCAAAUGCCAUCCUGAAGAUGCGGCAAAAGUGCACUGUCUGCAAUCUCCAGGUAGAGCCCAUCGCUUUUUGCACUACAUGCAAUGUAUCCAUGUGUGACCAAUGCCACGUUGGCCACAAACGGCUGCAGAUGUUCUUCGAAGGUCAUGAGAUCGUAUCUAUCCAGGAUAUCAUUGAGGGAAAUGUUACACCUAGUCGCCCCUCCGAGAAAUGCUCCGUCCACAGACUAGAGAACAAAGAUAUGUUCUGUCAGGAUUGUAAGAUGCGCGUCUGUUUCAAGUGCGUCGUCAUCGAUCAUCGAGAUCACAAGAUAAAAUCACACAAGGACUUCGAAAAGGAAAUGCAGGUUAAGGUGAGCGAUCUUCUCCAUCGUUGUAAAGCCAAGAAAUCAGAACUGGAGAAGAACAUUCAGACUGUGGAGACACAUCGUCAUGAAGCACACAGUGUUCUUCAGCUAUUACGUGAUGAUGUCAGUCAAGCCUGUCGUACCAAAGUCAAACAACUAGAAGACAACAGAGGUGUACUCGUUGAGAAGAUCGAUGUUCUGGAGCGUAGUUUUGAUGAAGCCCUCAAUGGUCUGAAAUCGAAUGACCGACAAAUGAUCAAGAGCAUUUGUAGUUCGGUAGAUUUGGUGGCUAAUGACAGACUAGGAUGUCUUGAGACGGACAGUCUGGUUGCUCACACAUUCCUUUGCGAAGAGAUCGAUGGCUUGCUGAAGGAGGUUAUUGAUCAAACUUCAGCAGCAACCAUUAGGGAGAAGGCACAGAAGCAGAGGUUCAAGCCUGCAGCUGACACCAGUCUUGACCUCGGGAAUAUCACAGAAACGGUUCGAGGACAAUUACCCCCUGGCCAAUUACCAACGGCACGUUUAACCCCAAACGCCAAUUACCUCCCGGAAAAUUGCCCCCGACAACUAUUAUCCUCGGACGCAACCUCUAGGACAAUCACCCACACGGUUCAAACCCAGCAAAAUUACUAUCUAUUUGGUCCACGUCAAUCAUUUGUACCCCGAACCGGUAGCCCAAUCACCUCGGACGCAACCUCUAGGACAAUCACCCACACGGUUCAAACCCAGCAAAAUUACUAUCUAUUUGGUCCACGUCAAUCAUUUGUACCCCGAACCGGUAGCCCAAUCCCCUACCAAGGAACAAAUCCUUUCCAACAUAUUCAGCCUUCCAAAAUUACCACCCAUGGACAACCACCCCCUUGGACAAGCACCCCCCCAAGGUUCAAAUCCCCCCCAAAAUGACCAUCUAUCUAGUCCCGGUCCAAAUUUAGGCCGAACCGGUAGCUCAAUCACCAACCAACAAAUAAUUCCUUCCCAACUAAAUCAGUCUAAUACAAUCACCCACACGGUUCAAACCCCGAAAAAUUACUCUAGUCCAUGUCAAUUACUAGUACCCCGUAGCUUUUACCCCUGAAGGACAACCACCCCUUGGACAAGCACCUCCCAAGGUUCAAAUCCCCCCAAAAUGACUAUCUAGUCCAAGUCCAAAUUUAGGCCGAACUGGAAGCUCAAUCACCUACUAAGGAACAACUCCUUCCCAACUAAAUCAGUUUUGGACAUUCACCCCCAAGGUUAA